AUGAAGCACCCUACAGUUGCGCUCCUCGGCGUCGGUAUGCUAGGCUGCGCCGCUGCGUUGCCCGCAGGACAAGUUGCCAACGGCGCUCAGGACGAUCCCGUUCCAGCUGCCCGCACCGCACCAGCAACCGCAGCGACUGCCCCAGCUGACUUUGGAGCCACCUCUGAUCCCUCUAUCGCCGGCACCGGCUUCCCUGGAUUGGCCGGAUUUCCAGGCUUCCCUGGCUCUGGGGCUGCACAAGCUGGCCCGGUCCACGCACCCUCUACUUUUGGUCCCGCGGCUGGGCCUGCGGGUUUCCAAGGGCUCAGUGGCGGUCCUGGAUUUGCCUUUCCUGGCUUCGGCGGUGGCUCUGGGUUUGGCUUUACUGGUUUCGGUGGCAUGUCUGCAUUUCCCGGCAUCCCCGGGUUCGGUGGGCUCCAGGGUUCUGCGCCAUCGCAAGCUGCCGCAGCCCCGUCAACUGGUGACUCUAGAUCUGGAUUGCCAGGUUUCCCAGGCGUUAGUGGUGGCUCUGGGUUUGGCUUUCCUAGUUUUGGUGGCAUGUCUGCAUCUCCCAGCCUCCCCGGGUUCGGUGGGCUCCAGGGCUCUGGGCCAUCACAAGCUGCCGCAGCCCCGUCAACUGGUGACUCCGGAUCUGGAUUGCCAGGUUCCCCAGGCUUCAGCGGUGGCUCUGGGUUUGGCUUUCCUGGUUUCGGUGGCAUGUCUGCCGGUGGCGGCGCCCCGUCAACUAUGGGCUUUCCAGGCUUCCCCGGGUUCACGGGGUUUCCAGGUAUGACUGGCGGCUUUGGUGUGCCUGGUAGCGCUCCGGACCAGGGUGCUUCAACCCCUGCCCAGGCGGCGUCAUUCCCAGCAGCCGGCCGGGCGGGAAAUGCGAUUCCUUCUGCUUCCAGCGCACCUGCCAGCAACGGUAUGGGGGCAGCCGCCUCCCUCCAUAACCUCCAGGCGCGCCAAUUUGUCGGCACCACCGGGCACGGCAUGGUGCCACCGGCCUUNGGAUCUGGAUUGCCAGGUUCCCCAGGCUUCAGCGGUGGCUCUGGGUUUGGCUUUCCUGGUUUCGGUGGCAUGUCUGCCGGUGGCGGCGCCCCGUCAACUAUGGGCUUUCCAGGCUUCCCCGGGUUCACGGGGUUUCCAGGUAUGACUGGCGGCUUUGGUGUGCCUGGUAGCGCUCCGGACCAGGGUGCUUCAACCCCUGCCCAGGCGGCGUCAUUCCCAGCAGCCGGCCGGGCGGGAAAUGCGAUUCCUUCUGCUUCCAGCGCACCUGCCAGCAACGGUAUGGGGGCAGCCGCCUCCCUCCAUAACCUCCAGGCGCGCCAAUUUGUCGGCACCACCGGGCACGGCAUGGUGCCACCGGCCUUCCACUACAUGUUUGGCUGGCCUCCAGUGAUACCCUCUGCUGCUGGCGCCAUGCCCAAUCUGGGGACCGGGUUCAAUGCUGAUGCUUUCGGCGCUGAAUUCCUUGGGGGUGGCGAAAUGCCAUCGCCGACUUCAACUGCGGCUUCUGUGGCGCCAACAGCCAAUUCCGUCCCUGCGACAGGCACUGCUGAGGCUUCAACCUCGACUCCUGUGGCUUCUGCGGCUACUUCCGCCGUCAGCGCUACGAGCUCGGCAGAGUAG